AUGCGCUCUUCCCGCGGCCGGGACGGGGAGGGCGGGCGAUGCGCGCUUAUCCCCGCCCCUCGGCUCGGGGAGCGCUGUGCGCAUGCGCUCUUCCUGCGGCCGGCUUGGGACCGAGACGGGGAGGGAGGGCGAUGCGCGCGCAUCCCCGUCCCUCGGCUCGGGGAGCGCUGUGCGCAUGCGCCCUUCCCGCGGCCGGCUUGGGCCCGAGACGGGGAGGGAGGGAGAUGCGCGCGCAGCCCCGCUCCUCGGCCCGGGGGAGCGACGUGCGCGGCCCCGUCCCUCGGCGUGCGCGCCCUCGGCGGCUCCCCUCAGGUCGCCGCCAUGUUGGUGGCCUGCGCGUUUCUCCUCAGCCUCAGCGCCCACACCGACGCCAACCAAGAUGUCCAAUCCACUUGUCCUGAAAUUCAGGUGACGCAAGAUCUCCUGAAGGAAGGCUUUCACAGGGAUCUGCUGAUCGAAGUGGAACUCGGCGGAAGCGUCCAGGACGCCGGCGGCUGCCAGGUGUUACUGAAGCAGGAGAUCCCGUCGGGACUGUACGUCGACCCCUACGAGUUGGCGUCGUUACGGGAAAGCAAUACAACCGAGGCAACCGUAGUACCAGAUUCCGUGGACGUAGAAGCCCCCGAAUAUUUGGCCGAAGGAUUGGACGUCUUUAUCUCUGCCAGAGCAGCCCCUGAGCAUCCUGGCUUGUUCCGCGCUGUGUUUCCUGUUCACUGCCGCUAUCACCGCCCGCAAGAGAAAGAUGGGGUAGCUACGGUCGUGCUGAAGAAACCAGACGUACUGGUCCGCUGCUCCAAAGCUUUCCCAACCAGGAAGUGUUGGAAGCCUUCAGAAGUGGCAGCUCCUUGUUCUCUGAGAAGUGAACAGCUGUGUCGCUGGAGCAGCGUGGAGUAUAAAUUGGUCAGCAAGGAGUUACGUUGUGGCCGCGCUUCUCAAACACGGCCAUUUCUCCGGAGACGCGUAAUGCCCGGCUCGACCCUCGGCACCUCGAAACGCCGCUCACCGCUUGGAAAAGGAGGUUCCCCUUCUCUACCGUUAUUUCAAGUUGUGAAGAAUCCAGGAGAAUAAAACUGCUUCGGAAGAGGAGCCGUUAUCGCCAGAAACGGCGGAGAGUUCCCGUCUCCUCUAAUUCUGGGAUUCUUAGAUGUGUUUUUUUGUUUGUUUAUUUUUGGGGGUUUUUUCAUUCAUUCAUUCAGUCGUAUUGAGCGCUUACU